AGGCCAGACUGCCUGCUACCUAUCUGCAGAGAGAGGCUGUCAGCGUCCGCCCCCAAGACAAGAAAACCGCUACUAAGGAAUUAAAAAAAGAAUUGCCAGGCUUCACGAUUCUCUUACCCCCUUAUUCCCUUCAGCCCUUCUAGAACUUCCUCUUCUUCCUCCUCCCACCGCACUGCCAUCCAAAGGGGGGGAGACCACCCGAUUUUCACCAUUCCCGUUCUCUUUGAUGGGACCCCUUCUCCGCUCCAUCUUUUUGUAAUGACGACUUCUAACUCUUGACUUUCCUUAAUCCGCCCGGUUUUUCCAUCUCGGCCUGUGCUACCUACCUCCCUGUGCCGCGUCCGCGCAAGCCUGCGGUGUUACGGCGGAGCCACCGCGACGGGGAAUCGAGUCUAGAAGAGGACACGAACACCUCUUUGUGUGCUUUUCCCCUUCCCCCACCGUCCCGACCCGUCCUCCUCACAAACCAUCGCAUCCCGUCCCGCAUCAGCCAGCAUACAAUGGGCAAGCCAGCCUCGGCAAAGCCGCCGCCGCCCCAGGGCGAGCUCUACGCACCUCCGAAGUCCAAGAACCAGGUCGACAAGCCGCACGAUGACUACACCUCCCAGGGCGUCGAGGACAACGAUGUCUUCCUUCUGCCUGUCUCCGACUACCAGGUCAUGCUCGUCUUGACCAUCCUCGGAGCCAUUGUGCGCCUGUUCCGCAUCUACCAGCCUACGAGUGUGGUCUUCGACGAAGUCCACUUCGGCGGCUUCGCGACCAAGUAUAUCAAGGGCAGGUUCUUCAUGGAUGUCCACCCGCCGUUGGCCAAGCUCCUCAUUACCCUGUUCGGCUGGCUCGCCGGCUUCAAGGGCGACUUCGACUUUAAGGAGAUCGGCAAGGACUAUCUCGAACCCGGUGUUCCCUACGUAGCUAUGCGAUUGUACCCCGCCCUUUGCGGCAUUGCUCUCGUCCCGACCAUGUUUCUGACUCUGAAGGCCGUCGGCUGCCGCACGGCUACCGCCGCGCUCGGCGCUGCCUUUAUCGUCUUUGAGAACGGUCUCCUGACCCAGGCGCGCCUAAUUCUCCUCGACUCCCCGCUCGUUGCCGCGACUGCAUUCACUGCUCUCGCCUUCUCGUCCUUCACCAACCAACAUGAGCAAGGGCCUUCGAAGGCAUUCGAUGCCGGUUGGUGGUUCUGGCUCGUCAUGACCGGCCUAGGAAUGGGAAUCACCGUCAGCAUCAAGUGGGUGGGCCUGUUCACGAUCGCCUGGGUUGGGACCUUGACCCUUGUACAGCUGUGGGUGUUGCUCGGGGACACGAAGACCGUCACCAUGCGCAUCUUCGCUAAGCACUUCCUCGCGCGUGCCUUCUGUUUGAUUGUGAUCCCUAUCACUUUCUAUAUGGCCAUGUUCUCUAUUCACUUCCUCUGCCUAUCUAACCCCGGUGACGGCGACGGAUUCAUGAGCUCCGAAUUCCAGGCGACGUUGAAUAACAAGGGCAUGCAAGAUGUACCGGUCGACGUUGCUUUUGGCAGCCGCGUAACUAUCCGACACGUCAACACCCAGGGAGGCUACCUUCAUUCUCACCCCUUGAUGUACCCCACCGGCAGUCAGCAGCAGCAGAUUACGCUUUACCCUCACAAGGACGACAACAAUAUAUUCCUGUUCGAGAACCAGACUCAACCUCUUGAUGCCAACGGCGAGGCGAUUAAUGGAACUAACGCCUGGGAUACCGUGAAAAACAUCACCGAGAACUACAUCAAGGACGGCGAUGUGAUCCGGCUGUACCACGUGGCCACUCACCGUCGCCUUCAUUCACAUGAUGUUCGGCCUCCCGUCACUGAGGCGGAUUGGCAGAACGAAGUAUCUGCUUACGGGUACGAGGGGUUUGGCGGCGAUGCCAAUGAUCUCUUCCGAGUCGAAAUCGUCAAGAAGCAGUCGCUCGGGUCUGUGGCCAAGGAACGGCUACGCACGAUCCAGACCAAGUUCAGGCUCGUUCACAUCAUGACCGGCUGCGUGCUCUUCUCUCACAAGGUCAAGCUGCCCGACUGGGCAUCCGAGCAGCAGGAAGUCACUUGCGCCAAGGGAGGCACCGUCCCCAAUAGUCUGUGGUAUAUCGAAUCUAACUCGCACCCUGGGCUUGCCGCCGAUGCCGAGAAAGUCAAUUAUGUCAACCCCGGCUUCCUCGGAAAAUUCUGGGAGCUGCAGAAGGUCAUGUGGAAGACGAACGCAGGUCUCGUCGAGUCUCACGCUUGGGAUUCUCGCCCUGAGUCAUGGCCUAUUCUCCGUCGCGGUAUCAACUUCUGGGGUAAGGAUCACCGUCAGAUCUACCUGAUGGGAAAUCCUGUCGUAUGGUACACUGCAACUCUUGCCGUGGUCAUUUACGUGCUCUUCAAGGGAGUUGCCAUUCUUCGAUGGCAGCGCAGUUGCAACGACUACUCUAGCUCUACCUUUAAGCGAUUCGAUUAUGAGAUCGGGACUUCGGUGCUUGGAUGGGCCUUCCAUUAUUUCCCCUUCUUCUUGAUGCAGCGCCAGCUCUUCCUACACCAUUACUUCCCCGCUCUCUUCUUCGGCAUCAUGGCGUUUUGCCAAAUCUUCGACUUCGCGACCGCCCGGUUCCCGAUUCCGGGGGUCAGGGGGAACCCAAAGGUCAACAAGACUGGUGUGAUUACGCUCUUGGCAAUUUCCGGAAUUGUAUUUGCCCUGUAUUCACCCCUCGCAUACGGAAAUCCCUGGACGAAGUCUGAAUGCAAUCGCGUGAAGCUAUUCAACACCUGGGAUUGGGAUUGCAAUACCUUCUUGGAGAACUACGACGCAUACUCGGGACUUAGUGCCAGUCCGAGCCAGAUUUCUCAGACAGCCCAUCCCGUCGUAGGCGACAAGAACCAACAGCAAGCAGCCGAGAACAAGCAAGAAACCCCGGACGCAGGAAUCUCAGGGGCCCCCAAGUUCGAGCCCCAGGACCAGAAGGUGAUCGGACGCCAAGAGAGGAUCGAAUACCGAGACCAGAACGGAAACAUCCUCAACGAAGAGCAGGUAAAGGCGCUUGAAGGCAAAGUCGAAUUCAAGACUAGGUACGAAACGAGGACCCGUCUCAUCGACGCCGACGGCAACGAAGUAGAGGUGCCAAUCGAGGACAUAGCCGCCGCCGGCGUGGCGCCGCCACACCCCGACGUCGAGGGGGCCAAUCAGGAGACCAAGAAAGGGGCUGUCAGGGAUGACCCGAUUCCCCAGGAAGCAUCAUCAAGCAAGGACGGCGAAAGGGAAGCCGAGAGGUCGGUCCCGAAGCCUGCGAGCGAGGGCAACGAGGCGACCGUCUAAAGGCCUCGCCGCAUGUCACGCUAGGGCUUGUUUGACUCAAGCCCUCUGAUAUGGCAACCUCAUCGCAGAGCAAAUCUCCACUGAUAUCAUUUUUUUUUCUUUAGGUGUUAAGCAUCUGCGGGCGGGAUCGUGUAUGGUCUAAGCUCAGGUAUACUUAGUAUACCUACCAUACUCCUGAAGAUCUGGAGGAACCAAGGAGAAAAAAAAACAGCGCAUGCAUGGUAACAGUGAAGUGUGGACGAAAAUAAGAGGACACGGGCAUGACUGCCCGCGGAGGACAACUCAGACUAGGUCAGCUAAUACGUGCUGAUCACAAUAUAUCUUCUUCCGCUUGUAUUAUCUGCUUCGUUCAAUACCGUAUCUGCGCGGUCUUCGACCUAGCUAUAUAAAGUUGUAAGUAUGAAAUGCCGAAGAGAAUAAUUAAUCACUCUACCAUCCAAGGGUAUCAUUGAUUC